UAUUAUCACCGUUGGAUCCUGUGCAGAACCGCAUACAUAACGCAUAUAAUACGCAUAUAAUACGCAUAUAUCCCGGUAUUUCAGCUCAUACAGCCUCUAUGAGCGCAGAUUAUGGGAUAUCAGAUGGAAAAGACAUGUUUGCUCUUGGAUUAGAAGGGUCUGCAAACAAGAUGGGUGUUGGAAUCAUAAAACAUCCGUUGAAAGGACCAGCAGAAAUGAUUAUUAAUCUCCGGCAUACAUAUAUUACGCCUCCAGGAGAAGGGUUCUUGCCAAAACAUACAGAAAAACAUCAUAGAGAAUGGGCGAUCAGAUUAAUUAAAGAGGCCAUGAAAAAAAGCGGGUUAAAAAUGAAGGAUAUUGACUGUAUAUGCUUUACAAAGGGACCAGGAAUGGGUGCACCACUCCAAACAGUAGCUAUUAUAGCAAGAACUCUGUCAAUUUUGUAUAAUAUACCUUUAGUUGGUGUAAAUCAUUGUAUUGGACAUAUAGAGAUGGGACGAGAAAUUACAGGAGCAAUAAAUCCAAUAAUAUUAUAUGUUAGUGGUGGGAAUACACAAGUGAUUGCAUAUGCUGAAAAAAGAUAUCGUAUUUUUGGAGAAACAUUAGAUAUUGCAGUUGGAAAUUGUUUAGAUCGCUUUGCAAGGUCGAUCUAUAUUUCCAAUGAUCCAAGUCCAGGAUAUAAUAUUGAAAAGCUUGCAAAAAAGGGGAAAGUGUUAGUUGAACUACCUUAUACAGUGAAGGGAAUGGAUUGUUCAUUUUCAGGCAUCUUGAGUGCAAUAGAAAGCAUUGCAAAUGAUUUUUUUGACAAAAAUACGAAAGAAUUUCGUAAAGAUUCACCCUAUACAAAAGAAGACUUAUGUUUUUCUUUACAAGAAAACGUAUUUUCCAUGCUUGUUGAGAUAACGGAAAGAGCAAUGGCACACGUGGAUAGUAAAGAGGUUUUAAUUGUUGGAGGUGUUGGUUGUAAUGAAAGAUUACAAGAAAUGAUGAAUUUAAUGGCACAAAGCAGAGGAGGGAAAUUAUUUUCUACAGAUGAGAGAUUCUGUAUAGAUAAUGGUUUAAUGAUUGCACACGCGGGAUUAUUAGCAUAUAAAACAGGGUUUCAGACUCUUAUUUCUGAUAGUCAAUGUACACAGCGUUUUCGUACAGAUGAAGUACUUGUUACAUGGAGAGAGUCAUAAAAUUAACAUUCUAUUAUUAAUUGUAUUUAUUCUUUUUGGGAAUAU